AUGUCAGAGAUUUGCUCUGAUUAUCUGGAGCUGCAGGAUGGCGGAGCAGAAAGCAGCCAGCUGUCGCUGGCUGCUCUGACUGUGAGUCCCAGCAGAUCUCAGUUCUUUCAAUAUGACUCUGUGUCUCUGAGCUGUGAGGAGAACAACAGCUCUGCUGGAUGGACUGUGAGGAGGAACACAACCAAAGAGACCAGAGCUGGAUGCAAUGAAUGGGGUCAAUCCAAUUACUCUUCAUGUACCUUAAAUCACAUCCUCCUGAUAGACAGUGGAGUUUACUGGUGUUCGUCCAGAGAGGGAGCAGCCAGCAGCAGCAUCCAGCUCACUGUCACUGGUGGAUCAGUGAUCCUGCAGAGUCCUGUCCUCCCUGUGAUGGAGGGAGAUGACGUCACUCUGAGCUGUCUAACAAAGACCACUCCCUCCAACCUCCCAGCUGCUUUCUAUAAAGAUGGCUCCCUCAUCAGGACUGAGCCCAAAGGUCACAUGACCCUCCACCAUGUGAACCGCUCUGAUCAAGGCCUCUACAGGUGUAACAUCAGGGGUCAUGGAGAGUCUCCAUCCAGCUGGAUCUCUGUUGAAGGAAAACCCAGCAGUACUCCUCCAGCCCCUACCAUCAUUCCUCCCCUGGACCCCCUCUUUCCUUUCUACAAGGUCAUUCUUGUUGCAUGUAUUGGUGUUCUGGUGAUUUUUCUCCUUCUAAUUCUUUCAGUGAGCUGCUCCUUCUGCGGGAAACCUAGAGACGGUGACCCAACAGAACUUUAUUUAUCAAUGAGAAGAGCACCAGAUGCUAAUGGAACACCAGACAGUGAUCCAGCAGCACUUUAUUCAUCAAUACGAAGAACAACAGACAUCAGUAAAGCAACAAACUGUAAAACAGAAAGUGACCCAGAGGCGAUUUAUUCAUCAAUACAAAGAAAAACAACAGACAUUCCUGAAGCACCAAACUGCUUAAAAGAAACGGAUUCAGGUACAGUUUGUCCUUCGAUGAGGAGGCAAAGUGAAGUCACGUAUGGGUCAGUCAGCAUCAGGAAGAACAGCAGGAGAGAACCUUCAUUAGAAACAGAAACACACGUCAUCUACUCUUUACUGAAGGCGACCAUGACACCACCACAGCAGGAGCACCCGCCCAGCUGCUAACUAGACCUCCUCAGAGCCCAGCAGACCUACUUUGUGUCCUGGAUUGGACCAGAUCAUUUAAAUGUCUCUAACUUGUUCUUUUUUAAUAGUUUUUUCUCCUGCUGAUGAAGAACAUCCCAUCAGAUUUCGUCCAUUCAAGCUUGUCUUUAGUUUGUCUAUUAAUCUGAGCGUCUACUGAACAGCAGAAAUCAGAGCAAAAUUAUGGAUU